AAAAAAAAUUGAAAAGAUUAGUUCAGGCUGUAAUAGUGGACUCAAACCAACUAGAUGAGAUUUCAUAGGGAAAGACUUAAAUUUGGCUUUUGAUUAAAACAAAACAAAAAUCAGUAUAACCCUAUAGGAAGGAGGAGAGAUUGAGCUUAAUAGCAAUUUCAGGGGAGAAAUUUAGGGGCUGCUUGUAGACACAUCCUGCGGGGUGCCCCAGGUCAGGUUGGUGGGGGAAUGGAAUCUAAGAUAGGAGCCCCUACACUCAGAGCUGUGAAUAGCCUGGACCUGAGCAGUUCAUUGUGAGGCCACAUUUAAGAGUGACCAGUUAAGAGUUGAUUUUGGAUGAUGACAGGGACAGGGGUCUGAAGACCUCAGCUCAGAGAAGGACACUUGUCCAGUUUGGAGAGCAGGAAGUGAAAGGAUGAUAUGGAAGCCACAUUCCAGCAUCUGACAGGGUGUCAGGGACAACCUGGGCUUAUACCAGGCUGCCCCAGAAGGCAAGCCAGGACCCAGCAAGUGUGAGGUUUAAAGAGGCAGGUUUUGCCUCCCUUUAAGAAGGAACAUUCUACAAGCUGGGACUUUGCAGUAGAAGAAUGGUCUGCCUCAUGGGUGGCCUGGAGAUGGCGGUGAGGGGAAAGGUGGAGAAUGGGAGGGGUCCCCAGUUCAGGAGGCGUCAGGGGAGACCCAGGGUCAGCACUGGGCAUGUUUGCUCACAGACCUCAGUGGUUUCCAAGUCCACCUGCAUUGGAAUCACAUGGGAGCUGGAGAAGGUGCAGGUGCCUGGGCUCCACUGGACCUUCUGAAUCAGAAUCCCUGGGGCUGGCCCAUAGUCUCCCCUCUUUCAGAGUCACAGAUCCAGAGGACAGUAUUUUCCUAUUGCCUGAAUGAAGUAUACCAGAGAGCCAGCCAGCCAGGGAUGAAGGGCUCUGUGACUUUAUAUGACCCUUAACCUUUACCUCCCACCCCCACAUGCCAGAACUUGGCCUCAACCCCCAGGAAAGAGUUUCUCAGAUAAAGUAAAAGACCUGCCCUCCAUGGGUGUUUAUAGCAGCAUUAUUCAUAAUUACCGAAACUUGGAAGCAAUCAAGAUGCCCUUUAAUAGGUAAGUGGGUAAAUAAACUCUGGUCCAUCCAGACAAUGGGAUGUUGUUCAGUGCUAAAAACAAGGGAGCUAUCAAGCCUUGGGGGGUAAUGGAAGAAGCGUAAGUGCAUAUUGCUAACUGGAAGAAGCCAGUUGGAAAUGGCUUCAUGCUGUAUGGUUUUGACUGUAGGUCAUUCCAGAAAAGGCAAAAUUAUGGAGACAGUAAAAAGUCAAAGGUUGGAGGGGAAGGAAGGGUGAAUGGGUAGAGCAGAGGGCAUCUUUAGGGAGUGGGGCUACUCUAUAUAAUCCCGUCAUGGUGGACACGUGUCCUGUCCAUUUGUCCAACCUAUAGAAUGUGCAGCUCCGAGAGUGAACCUUCAUGGUGUCACUGGGGGGUAAUGCGGCAUCCAUCUAGGCUCAGCUGUAAUGAUGUCCCACUAUGGGGCUGGGUUUUGACAGUGGGAGAGGCUGCACAUGCACGUGUGAAGUUUACUUUUAAAUAACAUCAUGAACGUUUUCCCCUGGGUGUUACCUUUAACCUCUGUUUGGGGUCUUGCAUGCAGUGCUGCUGUGGGUGUUGGUUUCUAUGGAAACAGUGAGACCAACGAUGGGGUGUACCAGCUCAUCUACUCCCUGGAUGAUGCAAACCACACCUUCUCUGGGAUCGACACUCUGGUUUUUGGAACCACCCAGAAGAUGAAGGUGGACCUAGAGCAGCACCUGGCCCGGCUCAGCGAGAUCUUUGCUGCCCGAGGAGAUUACAUGCAGACCCUGAAGUUCAUGCAGCAGAUGGCGGGCAACAUCAUCGCACAGCUCUCGGGACUGCCAGUGUGGAGGGACGCCACCACAGAGCUGGCCGAGCUGUCCAGCCAGACUGGCUACGUGGAGUACUACAGGUGGCUCUCCUACCUCCUGCUCUUCAUUCUGGACCUGGUUGUCUGCCUCAUUGCCUGCCUGGGACUGGCCAAGCGCUCCAAGUGUCUCCUGGCCUUGAUGCUGUGCUGCGGGGUGCUAAGCCUGUUCCUCAGUUGGGCCUCCCUGGCCGCGGAUGCUGCUGCAGCAGUGGGCACCAGUGACUUCUGUGCAGCUCCUGACACCUUCAUCCUGAACGUCACACAGGGCCGGGUCAGCACAGAGGUGACCAGCUACUACCUGUACUGCAGUCAGAGUGGAAGCAGCCCCUUCCAGCAGACGCUGACUGUCUUCCAGCGUGCACUGACCACCAUGCAGAUCCAGACCUCGGGGCUUCUGCAGUUUGCCGUGCCCUUCUUCCCCACCUCGGAGAAAGAUCUGCUUGGAAUCCAGCUUCUGUUGAACUCGUCAGAGUCCAGCUUGCACCAGCUGACGGCCAUGUUGGACUGCCGGGGGCUGCACAAGGACUACCUGGAUGCGCUCACUGGCAUCUGCUAUGAUGGCCUUGAGGGCUUGCUCUACCUCGGCCUCUUCUCUCUCCUGGCUGCCUUGGCCUUCUCUACCAUGAUCUGCGUGGGGCCGUGGGCCUGGAAGCACUUUACCACCAGAAACAGAGACUAUGAUGACAUCGAUGAUGAUGACCCCUUUAACCCGCAAGCCCGGCGCAUCGCAGCCCACAACCCCCCAAGGGGGCAGCUCCGAAGCUUCUGUAGCUACAGCAGUGGUCUGGGCAGCCAAACCAGCUUGCAGCCCCCAGCCCAGACCAUCUCCAACGCCCCCGUCUCUGAGUACAUGAACCAAGCUGCGCUAUUUGGUGGGAACCCGCGCUAUGAGAACGUGCCGCUGAUCGGGAGAGGCUCCCCUCCGCCUACGUACUCUCCCAGCAUGAGGGCCACCUACCUGUCUGUGGCAGAUGAACACCUGAGGCACUACGGGAAUGAGUUUCCAGCCUAACAGACUGUCAGGGGAUCCUGCCUCUAUUUUCCAUUUUGGUUUUUAAUUAAUGCAAAUACAAGCUGCAUUUCUUUAAUAGAAACCAAAGGCAUCUGGAGAUGGGCAAGUUCCCGUAGAGGGUGGCUGAGAUUCCCUACCAAAGCCCUAGAGGGACAGAAGACCCAGGACUUGGGACAGUCUCUCUUCUGCCUGCCCUGCCAUCCACACCAGAAAUGCCCCCCGUGUUUGGCUGCCUUGGAGGUACUGUCCCUAACCCAGCUGCCUGGCUCUGCUCAACCCUGCACCCCACCCUUACCAGGAAGGGCGUGGCAGGGAGGAGGAGGCCAGGUCCGAUGCCACCUUGGGGAGCUGUAUGUUUUCUCAGGUCCCAUUACCAAGACUGUGCCUCUUAUUACCAUGGCCAAAAGGCGAGGCGACCUCUCGCAGUCCUCUCUGCUCCAUUUCCCUACAGGUAACAGUGGAAAGGGCUGGUCAGGAGAUGCUUUUUUUUUUUUUUUUAGA